CAGUCAGGUGCCUCAGGAUGCGCGGUUGGUGCUUCAGCCUGUGGUGGAGCCGACGACGGCUGAGAGGGACGCGGCUCUGGCGGGGAGGCCGGGUGUCGCCGCCGCCUCGUCACAGCGGGCUGAGGAGGCUCUUCUUCUCCGCUCCGGGCCCAGGCGCCCCCUCAGGGUCGUACCUGCCGCCGGCAGCCGCAUGAGCUCUCGGCGGUUCCUCUCGCGGGCAGCGCCUCCCCCCUUAUGGAGGAGCCGCUCCCUCGUCGCCCUCCUCCUCCUCUCCCCGCAUGGAGCCUUUCGCAGCCCGCAGCCCGCGCCGCCCCGCUCGCCCGCCGCUGCCGGCGGAGGGCGCGGACGGCGAAGAGGAUGAGAGCGCGGCGUCGGCGUCGGCCACGGCCAGCUACAGCUGGAGAACGGCGGCGUCGGGAGCGGCCUCGAGCGAGGGCGGCUGCGUCGGAGGGGCCGGCGGUGGCGGCCUGUUGUGGACGGCCGUGUUCGAGUACGAGGCGUGUGGCGAGGACGAGCUGAGCCUCCGCCCGGGCGACGUGGUGCAGGUGCUCUCGCAGGACUCGCAGGUGUCCGGAGACGAAGGGUGGUGGACCGGCCAGCUCGACCAGCGCGUCGGCAUCUUCCCCAGCAACUACGUGACCAGCAGCUGCAGCAGCAGCCGCCGCCUGUGCCUCCGCCAGGGGGGCGCCACCGAGCUCCAGUCCCGCUACUCGCAGACGCCCGCCAUACAGUUACGGGAGAUUGACUUCUCUGAACUGGUUCUGGAGGAAAUCAUUGGAAUUGGAGGCUUUGGGAAGGUCUAUCGUGCAAUUUGGCUUGGAGAAGAAGUUGCCGUCAAGGCAGCUCGGUAUGAUCCAGAUGAAGACAUCAGUGAGGCUAUUGAAGAUGUCCAUCAAGAAGCCAAGCUCUUUGCCAUGCUAAAACACCCCAACAUAAUUGCACUUAAAGGCGUAUGUCUAAAGGAACCCAACCUUUGCUUAAUCAUGGAAUUUGCCCGUGGAGGGUCACUGAAUAGGGUGCUGUCUGGUAAAAGAAUCCCACCAGACAUACUGGUGAAUUGGGCUGUCCAGAUUGCUGGAGGAAUGAACUAUCUGCAUGAUGAAGCAAUUGUUCCUAUUAUACACCGGGAUCUGAAGUCCAGCAACAUAUUGAUACUUGAGAAAGUGGAAAAUGGAGACCUAAACAACAAGAACUUGAAGAUCACAGAUUUUGGCUUAGCCAGAGAAUGGCAUAAGACGACUAAAAUGAGUGCUGCUGGGACAUAUGCUUGGAUGGCUCCUGAGGUCAUCCGUUCCUCCAUGUUUUCUAAAGGCAGUGAUGUGUGGAGCUAUGGUGUGUUGCUUUGGGAACUACUAACUGGGGAAGUACCAUUUCGAGGAAUUGAUGGCCUAGCAGUAGCAUAUGGUGUUGCCAUGAAUAAGCUUGCCCUUCCUAUCCCUUCAACCUGCCCGGAACCUUUUGCCAGACUGAUGGAAGAUUGUUGGAAUGCUGAUCCUCAUUCAAGGCCCUCCUUUGCCAAUAUUUUAAACCAUCUAACCAACAUAGAGGAGUCUGGUUUCUUUGAAAUGCCAAAGGACUCAUUCCAUUCCUUGCAAGAAGAUUGGAAAAUUGAGAUCCAGGAGAUGUUUGACCAACUUAGGGCCAAAGAAAACGAACUGCGGACAUGGGAAGAAGAAUUAACCAGAGCUGCUGUUGAGCAAAAGAACCAUGAGGAGUUUCUGCGGCGACGGGAGCAGGAGCUGGCAGAGCGGGAGAUUGACAUAUUGGAAAGGGAACUCAACAUAAUUAUCCACCAACUGUGUCAGGAGAAGCCGCGUGUAAAAAAACGUAUGGGCAAGUUCAGGAAAAACCGGCUCAAGUUGAAAGAUGGCAAUCGCAUCAGUCUCCCUUCUGAUUUCCAGCACAAGUUCACUGUACAGGCCUCUCCAACGAUGGAUAAAAGGAAAAGUUUGAUCAGUAGCUGCUCCAGCCCUCCUGCCAGCCCUACCAUCAUUCCCAGGCUCAGGGCCAUCCAGUUAACUCCCAGUGAAAGCUGCAAAACAUGGGGACGCAACUCUGUAUGCCAUAAGGAAGAGGAAGGAGAAGAAGAAGAAAAAAGAGGCCAGAAGAAGAAAGGUCGCACAUGGGGCCCAAGUUCUCUUUGUCAUAAGGAGCUAACAGCAGACGAGGAUGGUCUAAAGUGUUUGGAUGGAUCCAAACAGUGGUCAUCCAGUGCGCCAAAUCUAGGAAAAGUUCAGAGAACACCAGUCAUUUUCCCAGGAUUUACAAGCCUAACAGAGAUGGAGAAUGAAGACAGUGAUUCUUUGAAAAAUGGAGAGACCAAGAUGCAGCAAUCACCUGGGUCUAACCAAUCAUACCUCUGCAUCCCAUUUCAGAGAAGUGAGGACUGGGAUGGCCAGUCCAGUGAUGCCAAUGAGGAGACCACUCCUAUGAACUCUACCACAAGCACCCCUCAGCUCACCCCCACUAACAGCCUGAAACGUGGAGGUUCCCAGCACAAACGAUGCGAGCUUGCCUUUCUGGGCUGUGGGGCUGUGUUAGCAGCUGCUGGCCUGGGCUUUGAUCUUUUGGAGGCUGGCAAGUGCCAGCUGCUAAGCCAAGAUGAGCUGGAUGCCCCCAAGGAAGAGAAGAAGAAACGUGAUAGUAUUUUCCAGCGGGCUGGACGUUCCCGUCGGAGCACCAGCCCACCUUCAAGGAAGCUCUUCAAAAAAGAGGAGCCCACAUUAUUGCUGGGCGAGCCAUCCAACUCCCUGACCCUUCUCUCUUUGUCUUCCAUUUCUGAAUGUAAUUCAACCCGUUCCCUUUUACGCUCAGACAGCGAUGAGAUUGUGGUAUAUGAGAUGCCAGUCAGCCCAGUGACAGUGAAGGCUCCCUUGCCAGUAGUUAGUAACCCACUAGUUAAUAUCUGUGUUGAAAGGUUCAAGCGAGAUCCCAACCAGUCCUUGACUCCCACACAUAUGACUCUCUCUUCUGAAGCCCGGCAAAGGGGGCACAGGCGGACUCCCUCUGAUGGUGCCAUAAAUGUGACUGGUCCACUUGCCAAUGGAUCCCGUUCCAGGAAUUCUUCUGCAGGAGCAUUAGGAUCAGGUGUAUUAAAAACUCCCAGUCCAAGUCAGGGUCCAAAUGAAGUCCCUCGACUGCCAGACCCCAACCUCAUCUUUCCUCCAACCCCCAGGCGCUAUAAUGCUCAGCAAGACUCCAUGCUGGAGAGACCCAAGACCUUGGAAUUCCUACCUAGGCCACGCCCUUCAGCUAACAGGCAGCGGGUUGACCCCUGGUGGUUUGCAUCCCCCAAUAAUGCUAGGGGCGAGUCCUCUGCUAAUAGCUCCAGUACUGAAACUCCCAGUAACAUGGACUCCUGCUUUGCCAGCAGUAGCAGCACUGUUGAAGAGAGGCCUGCACUGCUUUCUUUCCGUGUCAGAUUGCCUGAAGAGGAGCGGACACUGUUGGACAUGGAUGUUGAAGGGCAGAGCCAGGACAGCACCGUGCCGCUAUGCAGAACUGAACUCAGAACACGCAAGCCUGCAGCAUAUGAACUCAAACAAGAGUUCUGGUCCUAGCAUGAAAUCCACAAGGGACUGGUUCUUCCAUGUCCCUAAAGCCCCACCCAGUUUUUGGACUCUAUAUAAAGUACUUGCUUAAAGUACAUUUCUCCCCAGUGUGCUUUCAUCAGAAUGUAUUGCCAAAUAAGCCUCUGUGGGAUGCGAGGCCGCUUCUU